CGAGCGCGGCGCUCGGCGCAGACGCGCUGGCUGGUUUCUGCGGGAACCUGCGGGGAGGCCGCCGCCGCCGCCACCGAGACGAUGCCCGGCAAGCUGAAGGUGAAAAUUGUGGCCGGGCGCCAUUUGCCGGUGAUGGAUCGGGCCAGUGACCUGACCGACGCGUUCGUGGAGGUGAAGUUUGGCAACACCACCUUUAAGACGGAUGUCUACCUCAAGUCGCUGAACCCCCACUGGAACUCGGAAUGGUUUAAGUUCGAGGUGGACGAUGAGGACCUGCAGGACGAGCCUCUGCAGAUCACAGUGCUGGACCACGACACCUACAGUGCCAACGAUGCCAUCGGCAAAGUGUACAUCGACAUUGACCCUCUGCUGUACAGCGAGGCGGCCACCGUCAUCUCAGGCUGGUUCCCCAUCUACGACACCAUACAUGGUAUUCGUGGAGAAAUCAAUGUAGUUGUCAAAGUAGACCUUUUCAAUGAUUUAAAUCGAUUUAGACAGUCAUCCUGCGGGGUCAAAUUCUUCUGCACAACAUCCAUCCCCAAGUGCUACAGAGCCGUGGUGAUUCAUGGAUUUGUGGAAGAACUGGUGGUCAAUGAAGACCCAGAGUAUCAGUGGAUCGAUCGAAUCCGCACACCCCGAGCAUCAAAUGAGGCCAGACAAAGACUGAUUUCCUUAAUGUCAGGUGAGCUGCAGAGGAAGAUUGGCCUGAAGGUCCUGGAGAUGCGCGGGAACGCGGUGGUCGGGUACUUGCAGUGUUUUGAUCUGGAGGGCGAGUCGGGGUUAGUGGUCCGAGCCAUCGGAACCGCGUGCACUCUGGAUAAAUUAACUAACCCAGCGACCUUCCUUCCUGCAUGCCAUUCCCCGUCCAAAGAGAUGAAGGAGAUACCCUUCAGCGAAGACCCCAAGCCCAAUGCUCACUCAUCAGGACCCUCCACCCCUCUGAGAAAUCACACUUACUCCUUUUCUCCUUCUAAAUCGUACAGUCGACAGUCUUCUUCAGACACAGACUUAAGUUUGACACCCAAAACGGCACCUAACCCUCAGGGACCUGGGAUCUGCCUGAGUCCCAGCUCCCCCCUCCUCUCUUGUGAGUCCUUCCAUCUUAGACAGCCCUGUCUUCUCUCGGGACCUAGCCUUAGGCCUCAUCCUCCCCCUGUGUGCCCCAUCCUGAGGAAAAGCGUUUCUUUCAGUGAUGAACUGUUCCUGUCUGCUUCCGGAAUGGGGAGUGCCGGCAAGGAAGGACCUUUCAAAGCACUUUUGAGGCAGCAGACCCAGUCCGCGUUGGAGCAGAGGGAGUUUCCGUUUUUCACCUUAACAGCCUUCCCCCCGGGCUUCCUCUUGCACGUGGGUGGCGUGGUCAGCGCCCGAUCUGUGAAGCUUUUGGACCGUAUCCACAAUCCUGAUGAACCGGAAACACGAGACGCUUGGUGGGCAGAAAUCAGACAAGAAAUCAAAUCCCACGCAAAGGCGUUAGGCUGCCACGCCGUGGUGGGCUACAGCGAGUCAACCAGCAUCUGUGAGGAAGUCUGUAUCCUGUCUGCCUCAGGCACCGCAGCCAUGCUGAAUCCCCGCUUCCUGCAGGACGGCAUCGUGGAGGGCUGCCUGGAGCAGAGGCUAGGAGAAAGCCAGCCCCCAGGCUGUGGGUUCUGCCACACCCCCUACGACGAGGUGAACACGCCAUUCCCAGCUCACCUGGCGCUCUGUUGCUGCUGCCGGAGGCAGAAGGUUCCAGAUGUCCUCCUCACUACCAUCGACCUCCCGGCCCAAGCCACUGUGGUCGGCAAGGGCUGUCUUAUCCAAGCUAGGUUGUGUCGCUUGAAAAAGAAAGCCCAGGCAGAGACCAAUGCCACGGCCAUCAGCAACCUGCUUCCCUUCAUGGAGUACGAGGUGCACACCCAGCUGAUGAACAAGCUGAAGCUCAAAGGGAUGAACGCCUUGUUUGGACUGAGGAUUCAGAUCACUGUGGGGGAAAACAUGGUCAUGGGGUUAGCGUCGGCCACAGGUGUGUACCUGGCAGCGUUGCCCAUGCCCGGUGGCAUCCAGAUCGCUGGCAAGACCCCCAGCGACGGCUCCUACGAGCAGCACGUCUCUCACAUGCAGAAGAAGAUCAACGACACCAUUGCCAAGAACAAGGAGCUGUACGAAAUCAGCCCACCGGAGGUGGUGGAAGAGAUUAUAGGAUCCCCCAUUCCAGAACCCAGACAGCGCUCGAGACUUCUGAGAUCUCAGUCGGAAAGUUCCGAUGAGGCCACAGAAUUAGAUCUCUCCCAUGGGAAAAAAGAUGCUUUUGUUUUGGAGAUUGACGAUACGGACGCCAUGGAAGAUGUUCACUCUCUCCUCACUGACGUCCCUCCGCCUGCAGGCUUUUAUAGUUGCAACACAGAAAUUAUGCCUGGUAUAAAUAAUUGGACCUCAGAAAUACAGAUGUUUACUUCGGUAAGAGUCAUCAGACUGAGCAGCCUCAACCUGACAAACCAGGUGCUCAACAAGAACUUCAACGACCUGUGUGAGAACCUGCUCAAGAGCCUGUAUUUUAAACUCCGGUCUAUGAUUCCGUGUUGCCUUUGUCAUGUGAAUUUUACAGUAUCGCUGCCUGAAGAUGAGUUAAUUCAGGUCACUGUCACAGCGGUCGCAAUCACGUUUGACAAGAACCAGGCUUUACAGACCACAAACACCCAAGCUGAAAAGUCACUUCAGAGAGCCUCUUCAGAUAAUGAAGAACUUUUGCAGUUUCCGCUGGAGCUGUGUUCAGAUUCUCUUCCCUCCCAUUCGUUUCCGACAGUCAAAGCCACGUCCGUUGAUUACAGUUCCUUUGCAGACAGAUGCGGCAGCUGGAUAGAGCUCAUUAAACUGAAAGCUCAGAGCAUAAGGCGUGGAUCAAUGAAGACAACCGCCGCGGUGGACAAGGCCAGCGCCGGGGGCGAGGGCGCCGCCCGGGCCCGGGCCCCGCCGCCCUGCCCGGGCUCCAGCGCCGGCUCCAGCGUCAGCGUGGUGAGGAUGACGCCGCUCUCCUUCAUCCCGGGAGCCAGGAUCACCAAGUACCUGGGCAUCAUCAACAUGUUCUUCAUCCGGGAGACCACGUCCCUGCGGGAGGAAGGCGGUGUCAGCGGCUUUCUCCACGCUUUCAUCGCCGAGGUUUUUGCCAUGGUGCGCGCGCACGUGGCGGCGCUGGGUGGCAACGCCGUGGUAUCAUACAUCAUGAAGCAGUGCGUCUUCAUGGAGAACCCCAACAAGAACCAGGCGCAGUGUCUCAUCAACGUGAGCGGUGACGCAGUGGUUUUCGUCCGAGAAUCAGACGUGGAGGCCAUGUCUGCUCAGCAGCCCCUGGCCCUGUACCAGCCAUUGGGGAGCGGGCCGGAAGUCCCAACUUGAGCGCCUGUGUCUCCCUCGCAGCCCUCAGCCUCAAACUCAAGGCUUUCAUGAAGCAAGAGUCCAUGCCGUGUUUCUGCUCUUGGAGAUGGGAGAAUUUCUCAUGUUGACCUUUCAUUUGCCUUGUCCAGACCGCCAGGCUAGGCUCCCCUUCCAUGAACUCUCAGCCUUCGGUAUGGAAGUCGUUUCUAAUUUAUGUUGAUUUUAAUAAAAUCGUAUCUUAGAAAAUGAAAUGAGAUGAUCAGGAAAUGAGGGUAGCUCAUGAACAGACAAGAAGUUCACAGAUCGCUGAUCAGCAAUCAACUUGAAAAGGAGAGAGGGAAUGGAGUACCCAGGAAGCUACCGUGGGUUUUUCUUGCUGGUGUGUGUGUGUGUGUGCGUGUAUGCGUGUGUG